UAUAUAUAUGCUGGUUUUUUCUUUUCCUCAACUCUUAUUUUGUACGAGUGCAAAGCUAGAACAGAUAAUUCAAUUUCAGUGUGUUAACGAAUGCUUUCAUAGUUAUUACUUAUUAUUAUCAUCAAGAUAAAAUAUGCAUAUUUUAUAUAAUUUAAUUAUUAUUUUCUAUUGUAUUAUAUUUAGCUACAGUAAAACAACAAAUUCAACUACUUUUGUAUGUUUACACUGUAAUAAACCAGAGAAGGAUGAUUUUGAUAAUGACAAAGGAAGAUUAUUAGAAUGGUUAUUUACCGGCUGCUGGGGAGAUAACGGGUGUAAUAAAACAAAUUUUAAAACUUACGUAAUAGAAUAUGCUGGAUAUGAUGGAUGGUAUAACAAUAUUGGACAUCCAGAAUUAGGAGCUGUUGAUACGCCUUUGUUAAGAAGAUGGCCUGCUGCUUAUGAAGACGGUGUAUAUAAACCUUCAGGGUAUAAUAGACCAGAACCAUUAGAAUUGAGUGAGAAACUACUUAAUGGUGAUAUUGGUUCUAAGUCGAAAACAGGAAAAAAUGUAUUACUUGUAUUUUUUGGACAACAUAUUGUGGAAGAAAUUUUGGAUGCACAAAGACCCGCAUGUCCACCAGAAUACUUUAAUAUUAAAAUUCCAAAUAAUCAUCAUUAUAGAACAAAACUUGGACAUUCUGAAAUGCCAGUAUUACGUACACGUUACGAUAAGAGAACUGGACACAACCCUAAUAAUCCGCGUCAACAGUUAAAUGAAAUAACCCCCUUUUUGGAUGGAGGACUCAUUUAUGGUACUUCAAAAGCAUGGUCUAACGUUCUAAGAACCUACACAAAUGGCACUUUUGAUCCUAAUGGAUUAUUAGCAGCUUCUCAUGAGAAUUUAUAUCCCGAAUAUAAUACUGAUAAGUUGCCUAUGUUCAAUCCACCACCUCCGAUUCACCAUCAUGAAUAUAUUAUGCAACAUUAUACAGAAGAAGUUGAACGAUUUUUUAAAUUAGGAAAUCCAAGAGGUAAUGAAAAUCCAUUCCUUCUUUCACUUGGUAUAAUUUGGUUUAGAUGGCACAAUCAUAUAGCAAAUUAUAUAAGGCACAAACAACCUAACUGGUCUGGAGAAAAAAUUUACAACGAAGCACGUAAAUGGGUAAUAGCAACACAGCAACACAUUGUUACAAACGAAUGGUUACCCGAAUGGUUGGGAAAAAAACUUCCUAAGUAUACUGGUUACAAUCCAACUAUUGAUCCACAAAUUGAUCAAUUCUUCCAAGCUGCAGCCUUCCGAUUUGGUCACACUUUGGUGCCACCAGGUGUAUAUUUGAGAGACUACGGAAAAAAUGGUUGUAAAAUAAAGCAAAAUUCUAGAGCAAUUAGAACAUGUAAUAACUAUUGGAUGUCAGAGAAUUCCAUUUUUGAAAAUAUGACAAAAAUAGAAGGUAUUAUUGAUAUAGAAAAAUUAAUAAUGGGAAUGUCUAUUCAACUAUGCGAAGAAGAAGAUCAUAAAAUAGUAGAGGACUUAAGAGGUAGUUUAUUUGGCCCACUUGAAUUUUCAAGAAGAGACUUAAUGGCACUCAAUAUACAAAGAGGCCGCGAUCAUGGCCUUCCAGAUUAUAAUACUGUUCGGAUGGCAUAUAAUUUAGGAAGAGUUAAUAAUGAAUCUCAUUUUAAAAACGUAGGAAAAGAAAUUAAACAUACAUUUUUGAAACUACAUAAUUUUUCCUUUGACAAUGUCGAUUUAUGGGUGGGAGGAAUUUUAGAAACAACAGAUGGGCCUGGAGAAUUAUUUCAAGCUAUCAUAUUUGAUCAAUUUGAACGUAUACGUAAUGGAGACAGAUUUUGGUAUAAGAAUAAAAAAAAUAAACUCUUCACUUCUGAUGAAAUUAAAAGAUUGGAAAAUCUUUCAUUUUAUGAUAUAAUGAUAAGCGUUACUUCGAUGGAACAUAAUGAUAUUCCAAGUAAACCUUUUGGGGUACCUAAAUCAGGAAAAGAAAUGCAUCGAACUUGUUAUGAAAAUAAAAUCAUUACAAAAAAUACAUGUAAAAAAAGUGGUACGAACAUGAACUGCUACUACGCCAAGCAGAUUACUAUUGACGAUGUUGAUAAAUGUACAAAUCCUGCAACGUAUGAUUACUUUUACAAUAGUAAUAUAUCGUUUAUUUUCACAUUUAUGGGAUUAUCUACUAUUUUCUGUUGUUGUAUAACACUAUUUUAUUUUCAAUUAAGAAUAAAAUUAAAUAAUCAAGAUCAAUUCCAAUCAGAGUGCAGAGAACCACAUUUAAUGAAUGAAGAUCAAACUCCUACAAUGUUUACAGCAAAUGAAUGGCAAGGUAAAAAAUUGCUAUUGAGACCUAUAAUUAUUGUUUUAAAUGUAGAGAAAAAACAAAUAGAAGUACAAAAUUAUUUAGGAUUUAUAAUACGAGCAAUAGAUUUGACGAAUUGCACAAUAAUAAUGGUGUUUAUAUCUUCUGAUAGUAACUAUGUUAUGAUUAGGGUGGAUCAUAAUUAUGAUUUAGUCCUAAAAUUUGAUACUAAUUACUUGAAACACUUAUUUCUUCGAACUAUGAAGAAGUUUAUUGUGGAAUUAAGGACUAUUUCAAUAAAAGAAAGUGAGAAUAUUACAGUUAAAGAAUUGUUCAAGCAAGCUGUUACUAAAAGAAGUCGACAAAAAAAAGUGGAACAAUUUUUCCGUGUAGUGUUCGCACAGGCACUUCACAUAGUACACACAGAAGAAGAAAUGUUAAAAAUUGAUUCAACAGUUGCAAAGGAAGUAAUUUAUACUGAGUUAACAAUAAUAGAAUUUUCUGAAGCACUGAGUAUGACACCAGAUUCAGAAUUUAUUGGGAAGAUAUUUAAAUUAACCGAUAAAGAUAAAAAUGGUUUCAUAUCAUUCAGAGAAUUUCUUGAUAUGUUGAUUAUAUUUUUAAAAGGUUCAGCGGAAGAAAAAGUGAAACUGAUGUUUGAUAUGUAUGACAUAAAUGGAACAGGAAGAUUGAAAAAAGAUGAUUUCAAGAAUAUGCUAAGAUCACUUAUGGAAACAGUUAAUGCAGAUAUAACUGAUAAUAAUUUAGAAACUUUGGUGCAAUCAAUGAUGGACCACGCAAAUAUAGCGAUAAAGGAAACUAUAAAUUUGCAAGAUUUUCAUCAAAUCCUUAGCGAUUUUAAUGAUAAGUUAAAUUGCGCGGAAUUAGAACUUAAUAUCAACGCGAAUGGAAAAUAUAAGAAAUUACAUAUUGGAGCAUCUACAUCUAAAUCAACUUUUAUGGGAGAAGUGCAAAGAACAAUGGAAAGUUUAUAUGCAGAUCCAAACGAAUUGCGAACUAGAAUUGGUGGUGAUAAUAAAAUAGAAACAGACAUACAUCAAGAAAGAAAUAAUAUACAUGAAAUAGAAAAAAUUGUUGAUGAUAUUCCAUAUUCUCAAGACUACUGGUAUCCUUUAAUGAAAUAUCUUGCAAAUAAAAAGUUACAAAUAUUUUGGCUAUGUUUAUAUACUUUCAUUCUUAUUGGUACCUUUUUUGAGAGAUAUUAUUAUUAUUCUAUGGAAUGUGAACACUCUGGUUUAAGACAUAUUUUAGGAUAUGGUCUAGCAAUAACUAGAGGAGCAGCAUCCGGAAUAAUGUUUACAUACUCAACGCUUUUAAUUACAAUGUGUCAUAAUACAAUUACAUUUUUUAGAGAUACUAUUUUACAAUUGUACAUACCAUUCGAUUUUAUGAUUGAAAUGCAUAAGUACAUUGCUUGUUGGGGAUUACUUUUUACAGUACUUCAUAUAAUUGGCCAUGGAUUUAACUUCUAUCAUAUUUCAACGCAAACUGCUGACGACUUAACAUGCUUGUUCCCUAAUUAUUUUCAUCAAACACAUGUACUGCCUAAAUUCCAUUAUUGGUGUUUUCAAACAAUAACAGGAUUAACUGGAAUCCUUUUAACUAUUAUAACAGGAUUAAUAUAUCUAUGUUCUUUACCAAACAUACGUAGAAUUUUUUAUAACUGGUUUUCAUCAAUACAUUCUUUAUAUCCUGUUUUCUAUAUCUUAAUAUUACUGCAUGGAUCAGGAAGAUUUGUUCAAGAACCAUUUUUCCAUUAUUUUCUUUUGGGUCCAUUAAUUUUAUUUAUUAUUGAUAAGAUUGUUACUGUAACAAGAAAAACAAUUGAAAUAUCAAUAUUAAAGGCAGAUAUACUACCAUCAGGUGUAAUUUGUAUUAUGUUUCCCAAGCCUCCAAAUUUUCAAUAUAAAUCUGGUCAGUGGAUUAGGGUUGCUUGUCCUGCGUUACAAACAAGCGAAUAUCAUCCGUUCACAUUAUCAUCUGCACCUCAUGAGUCAAAUUUAAGCAUACACAUUAGAACGGUUGGAUCUUGGACUACUAAAAUUAGAAAUAGACUGGAUCUUGCUGUAACGCUUAAAAAAGAAUUACCAAUGAUCCAUAUAGAUGGUCCUUAUGGUCAAUGCCACCAAAAUUGGUAUAAUUAUGAUUUAAGUAUAAUGAUAGGAGGUGGAAUAGGAGUUACACCUUUUGCAUCAAUAUUAAAGGAUAUUGUAUAUAAAACAAAUAACGAAUUAAAUAUGAGUCGUAAAAAAGUUUAUUUUCUUUGGGUAACAAGAACGCAAAAACAGUUUGAAUGGAUGGUUGAUAUAAUAAGAAACAUUGAAAAUGCUGAUAUAAAUAAUACUAUACUGUGUCACAUCUUUAUUACACAAUUUUAUCAGAAAUUUGAUUUACGAACUAUAUUAUUGUACAUUUGUGAACGACAUUUUCAAAAAAUAUCAAAUAAGUCUUUAUUUACUGGUUUGAAAGCAGUAACACAUUUUGGGCGACCUAAGUUUUCAGAGUUUUUUAUAUCUGUUCAAAAGUUACAUCCUACAAUUAAUAGGAUUGGAGUUUUUAGUUGUGGUACACCAUCUAUGAUACAAUCUAUAGAUACAGCUUGUAAAUCUAUUACUCUAAAUCAAAAUCUUAAUGUUUUGUUCCAACAUUACUAUAAGAGUUUUUAAGUAUAUAACAAACUAUAUUUUUUAAAUGAUAUGAUGACGAGGAUAUAUAUAACGAAGAAUUAUCUCAAUAUUAUCAAUAAAUUCUUAAACAUUAAUUUAAAUAACAUUAAUUUAAUUUAUUAUCUUAUUGAUAAUAUUGAGAUAAUUCUUUUUUUAAACUUAAUUUCAUGAAGGAAGUAAAUUUGUAUAUAUUUACUUUUUUUGUCCACAUAUUUUAAAAGAUUAUAUAGGGUAUUGAAAAAAAGGUCCUACUUUUGGAAGACAUGUAGUACCUAUUACAAGGUGUACAAAAUAUCUAAUCAACAUAAGUCUUAAAAGAAAUUGUUUUGAUAACAAAUCAACUUCUAUUAUUUAUUAAUUGUCAGCAGUUUGUUGAUGUUAUCCUCUACAAUACCUCGGCUAUACUCAUUCGACAAACACAAGUAUAGCAUAAUAUCAUGUAACGGUUAUUAUAUCAUAAAAGAAGUGCAGUAAUGUAACGGAUAAUUACGUAAAACUAGUGUAUAAUGCAAAUAAAAGAAGUACCUUUUAUAAACAGAAUUGUUGUAGCAUAUUUUGUAAAAUAUAAAAGUAAUUCUAACAUUCAAUGUACUUUUGUGGUCCAAGCUUCUAAGAUUUUAUGCACAGAGUAAAUGGAGUAUUCGAUACUUUUGUUUCGAUAUCAAUUAUUUGUAGUAUCGAUACUUUCGGAAACGAUAUAUACUCGACAUCGAAAAAAUUGAAUGAAACUACUCACAUUGAAUGGAACGAGUAUCGAUAUGAAAAUCAAUGAAAGUGAAGUUGAUUGUGAGAGGGUACAGUCUGAUUAAAUAGCAGCUGACAAUAUGGUGCCAUGUAGGUAAUUUAUUUAUACACUCUUAGUGGUACGAUACAGCAGAUUUCUACAUUUAUCGAAGAUAUUUUACGCCUCGACAUUUAGAACUUUCAACAAUAUUUUUUGUCUCAAAAGAUAUUAAUCAUAUACAGUUCGUUCUUCCUUUAUAUUGAUAAAAAAUUACAUUUUUUGAGAAAAUCAUAGUUUUAGUUUGAACAUUAUUUCUGAACAAUAUAAUAAUAAAUAAAUUUUUAUUUUAUCUAUUUCGUCUUAAAAUAAUAAUUUUAAAAUUCUGAGAAAAGUACAAUCAGUUUCUUCAAAGUUUUACGCAAAAAACGCAACUCUAAAAAUGUAGUUCAUAAUGAAACUAAUACAACAAUAUCUUUUUAUAUUGUAACACCACGAUGCGACAUUCCAUACGUAAAAGAAUCGUACGUUCGAGUACUGCUCUUAGCAGGACAAAAAUAUUUGUGGUUUUCCAUGUAUAUAGUAAGAACGUAACACAGGUCGUAAUAUAGAUUUAAAUAAUAAAUAUACACCAGUAUGAAAAAUUAAGCGAUCACAACAUUUUGUUGUAACAUUCUGAAAUCUCAUUUUAUAAUAUGAAGUUUCUACUUUUCCAAUUCAAUAUGUUUUAAUGUAAAAUGUUUGUAUACAUUAUAUAACCAGUGAUAACGGGAACAUACUUUUUUGUUCCAAGAAUUCUCUAUAUUCGAACGUCUGUGAAAAUAUUGAAAACAUUUUUUUUACGAGUAUCUCUACCAUAUAUUUAAAGACUGGAGAUAUCUCUUUACAAUAACAUUGUGGAACAAUUUUAACCUAUGUUGCUUUUUGCAAUAACCACUAGGUGAUUCUUAUAGAGUUCCUUACCCUAAAUACGAAUCCGAAAAUUAAAUUGCUGGGUCACGUCCAGUUUUCGAAAAUACUGGGUUUUAGUAAAAACGGUCGAAUUUUUCAGAGAACCAAGUGUUACGUGAAAACUAAAAACGAUAGGCAGUUAAAAUUUGUCGUAGGAAAUAGAGGAGACUUGCCCGAAUACAUAGCUAUAAAAAUUUUGAAUCUUGUGUAUCAUUAAAUGUUUGUAAACGAUGAUUAAAGUUUAAGAAGGGGUAGAUGCGCGUACUUUGUAUGCACUUCUGUUACUUCUUACCACUUUAUUAAACUAUAAAUGAAUAGUAUACUGCCAACAUUAAAAUAUCCCAAGAUAACAUGUACUUAUAGAUUAGAUAAAAAAAAUGUUUUCUUUUAUUAACAAUAACAAUUUGUAUGAUCAAGAAGUUUAUUAAUGAUUUUCUUAACUUACUAAUAAUCUUUGAAGAAAGUGUAGGCCAAUAGACAAAAUGAGAUGCAGUGUCCUUUUGAUUGAAUGAUAUAUCUUCAAAUACAAAUUUAUGUUUUAUAUAUUUACAUGAAUAUUGGCAAAUAAAUUUGUUUAAUAUAUGCUGUUAAUAAAUGUACGUACAAGUAUAUUUUGGUAGUGAUCACAGAGCAUUUCUAGCCCAUCAUUAAUUUGCAUUCAGAGAUAAAAGUAUCCCCAUAGGAAGAACAUAUAAAUAAAAAAAUAUAGUUUUUAUAUUAAUACUAAUGUCAAAUUUACACUGGUUCCGAAAAGUUAUUCCACAUUAAAUUU